AGUUGAGUGACGAACGACACAUAUAAACCCCCCAAAACCCUAACAAUUGAGUUAGUACACUUCCCCCGACUCGCUCGAACAAGGGUGUGCUAGGGUUUUACGCAAGAAGCCGGGGCUGCUUCUAAGCACGAGCCAGGAGAAAAUGGUGGCCGACAAGAGCAAGAAGUUGAAAGUUUCUGACAAAGGCGAGAAUGUGGAUGAUGUCGACGGAGAACUCGUUCUCUCCAUCGAGAAGUUGCAGGAGAUCCAAGACGAGCUCGAAAAGAUCAACGAGGAGGCCAGCGACAAAGUCCUCGAAAUUGAACAGAAGUACAAUGAGAUACGGAAGCCAGUUUAUGAUAAGCGGAACGAUAUUAUCAAGCGUAUUCCUGAUUUCUGGUUAACUGCUUUUUUGAGUCAUCCUGCUCUUGGUGAUCUUUUGAACGAAGAAGAUCAGAAGAUAUUUAAGUAUUUGAGUUCUCUUGAAGUUGAAGAUUAUAAAGAUGUCAAAUCAGGCUACUCAAUCACCUUUAAUUUCAAUCCCAAUCCCUAUUUUGAGGAUACAAAGCUUGUUAAGACUUAUACCUUCCUUGAAGAAGGAACAACAAAGGUUACUGCUACACCCAUUAAAUGGAAAGAAGGCAAGGGCAUACCCAAUGGAGUUAAUCAUGAAAAGAAAGGGAACAAGAGGGCUCCUACUGAUGUCAGUUUCUUCAGUUGGUUUAAUGACACCGAGCAAAAAGAUGAUAUGGAUGACAUUCAUGAUGAGGUUGCAGAAUUAAUCAAGGAUGAUUUAUGGCCAAAUCCACUUACUUAUUUCAACAAUGAAGAGCCUGAUGAAGAGGAUGAAGCUGAUGACGAGGGAAAGGAUGAGGAUGACUCUGAGGACGACGAUGACCAAGAUGAUGACGAUGAUGAGGGUGAGGAGGAGGGGAAGUGAAAAUGGAUAAUGGUGGUAUAUACCCUUUUUCUGGGUUGUAGGAGUAUCUAAGUGGGCUUUAGGGGAUGAUGACCACGGCCACCUUUUCUGGUUAUCAACCCAUAUCAGCUGGUGGAGCUACCUAGGCCAGUUAAUGGUUCUCUCUCUGACGAUGAUCUAUUUAUUGUCCUAUGAAGUUAUUUCUGGUUUCAUCCCUAGUGCACUUUUUUUAGAUACUAAUGUUAUAUCGGUUUUAUUUCUUGACCCUUUGUUGUGGAACUACAUAGUAAAAUUGCAGUAUUUAGUGUAUAGCUGUUUCGUAUUAGCGUGCAGGAUUACAAGUGACUGAAGUGAGCAAUGAUCUGCCAAGCAGAUAUUCAAAUACUAUUCCAAUGCUAUCUAAUCGAUUUUCUUUAC